AUGUUUACGCGGCAUGUGCAAUCGGCCAUUGGAGGUGGCAGACCUUUGACUCAUGAUUUGGUGAGGGUUUCCGAGGGGAUUCAGGCAAGUUUGAGGGCUUUUAGUAGUUCUAUUAGGAGGAGUGAGGAGGGGAAUGAUCAAUCACGUUCCACACGCGCAGAACGCAGCUCCAAUGCUGUAAACGAUAUUUCCUCGCUCGCGCCCCAGCCCUCUCGCGGUAUCGAUGCUCGCUCGCUAGCAGCGCGCCCUCCCCCUGGUCAAUCUUUUGUUUUGUCCCGCCGUAUGAUUGAUAGUCCCUCUCGGGGACGAGGACCAACUACCCGACAUAGUCCCAAUUAUCGCGGACGAGGUGGCGCCCUCUAUGUACCCCCAACUAGAACCGCAAGAGGAGGUGCGGGAGCAAGUCCUGCUGGUGGAAGAGGUGGAGGCGCUCAACGAGGACGUGGUGGUAUGAGAAGACCCCGGGUUACGGGACCAAAACCUGUGGAUGUGGAAUUAGAUGAAUAUGAUCCUCCAUAUACAGUUGAGGAACAACAAUACUUGGAUAGUCAAGAGGGAGGUGAAUGGGUUUCAUAUAAUCCCGUGACAUCGAUGGAUGAUUUGGAGAGUUGGGGACCAGCUAUAGCAACUACUGGAAGUACGAAUGGGUUGAAGGAGUCGAUAAUUUAUAAGAUGCAGUUAGUGAGUGGUACACUAGGACAGAGGGAUGUACCAACGCCGCCGGAAAGACAUUUGGCAAAUGUGGAGAGGGGCUUAGGAACGGUGUUUGAGAGUAGGGAGGAGAAGGAGACAUUAGAGAAGUGGAAGGACGGGAAGGAGGAAUGGAGAGAUGAGGUUAGGUGGAAGGUUCAUAAAGAUUAUAAGAUUGAAGGACUGAGGGAAGAGGAGAAGGAGGCAAUUUUGAAGGAAAUGGUGGCAGAUUGA